CGCACCACUAACAUAGCAGCAUCUUCCUCAAUAUCACAACCCCAACAGCCUCACCGAGUAAUACUUUCGUUGCAUGAUAUUAUCCGCAAGCAAUGCCUGAGGACGACAAGUAUGAUGCGCUGGAGAAGAUCGGGCAUGGCUCGUUUGGGAUCAUUCGAAAGGUCAAGCGCAAGUCCGAUGGCUAUAUUCUCUGCCGGAAAGAGAUCAGCUAUUCACGGAUGUCACAAAAGGAACGCGAGCAAUUGCAAUCCGAACUCGCCAUUCUGAAGGAUCUCCGCCAUCCUAACAUUGUCAAAUACUACGAGCGCGACCACAUCAAAGCGUCACAGGAUCUAUACCUAUACAUGGAGUUUUGCGGGAACGGGGACCUGGGUCGAGUGAUUCGAGACUUCAAGAAGAGGAACGUGUUAGCACCGGAGGACUUCGUGUGGAGCACAUUUUCUCAGAUUGUCAGCGCCUUGUACCGCUGUCAUUAUGGUGAGGACCCGCCGCCGUCUGGAGCGAACGUGCUUGGUCUCGGACCAGACGCGCAGCCGCAUACCGGGAAGCCGAUGAUCCUGCAUCGGGAUCUCAAGCCGGAAAAUAUCUUCCUCGGCGAGGGCAACUGCGUCAAGCUCGGCGACUUUGGCCUGUCGAAGAUCAUUCAGUCCCACGAUUUCGCAUCCACAUACGUCGGCACCCCGUUCUACAUGUCCCCUGAAAUCUGCAAAGCGGAAACCUACACACUGUACUCGGAUAUCUGGGCGCUGGGCUGCAUCAUAUACGAAAUGUGCGCGCGCGAGCCGCCAUUCAACGCGAAAACGCACUUCGAGCUCAUUCAGAAGAUCAAGUCUGGCCGUUAUCCACCCAUUCCCAAGGAGUACUCCCAGGACCUGAACAAGGUCAUCGCUCACUGUCUCCAAGUUGUGCCUGAACAUCGGCCUACCACGGCACAGCUCCUCAACCAUCCCGCGGUCAAGUUGAUGCGAAAGGAGCAAGAGGUUGUGCAGCUCGGCAACAACAUCAAAGAGAAGGACGCAAAACUCACAGUCCGGGAGAAUGAGCUCAAUAGGCGAGAGCAGCAGUUGAUCCAAGGAGAACAAAGACUGGCGGCAGAGCGAGAGAAGAUGCGGUUAGAAGUUGACAGGAUAGUACGCCGCGAAUGGGAGGUGAAGGCCAGGUUGGAGAUUGAUCGUCAAGUAAAGCAGCUCUGGCACGCAGAGACGGAGAAGCUACGGGCCCAGUUCGAAACCGAAGUCAACGCACGCGUCGACCGAGCCCUUGCCAAGUAUCCAAAUCGGCUCAGCACGUCGCCGCGACUAGCACCUCGUUCAAGCACUCCCACCAUGCCCGCCACUCAGACAGAUUUGUUCCCCGCGGACGAUGCAAUGCAACCGAUUGUGAAUACCAGCUCAACGAGCACAGUGGGAACGGAUACCACGUUCGCCAGCGGCACCGAUAUAUCCUCGCUCUCGCUUGACGAUAGUCCCGAGGAGGAGCAGAAGCGAGCCGUGAAGCGUUCCACGAGGAGGGGCCCACUCGGGCGCGCCCAAACCAUGUUUGUUGCCCAAGUUCCUGGCUCCCCCAUGGACGUUCAAAUGGCGGAUCCAUCACCGGCUCCAGCACCGCCCAGCCUCGCUGGACUCUCCUUGUCCCCACGCCGCCACGCGCCUCGCCAGAACAUCUUCGCAGCCGCCAAGGAUAAAGAAUCACGGAGAUGGGGAGCCGAUGUCCCUCCCACGCCUACCAAGGAAGAGUGGCAGGCCGACGACUUUGACGACGACGACGUCCCUGUGGUACCCUCUCCUACGCGGCCACGUAGCACUUCUAACGGGAAUGCGAAGGGCGAUCCGCCUAAACCUCAUGCAGGCGUCCUGCCUGUUCCCAAACCUACUCAACGUCUCGCCAGCGCGCCUAGUCUUGCUCCUAAUGGGCCGAAGUCACGGCCGAAAGAGCAGACACGUCCUGCAAGCACCGUCCCCAUCAUCGCCGCCUCGCCUGCUCGCCAGCGCGUCAAGCCCUUCGACCCAUCCAGUCCGAGCCGGAAACCCCUUUCCGCGAAGUCGAAUUCCUCGACCAAGUCGACGGACCUUCCCUCCGCCUCCGCCGGAAGCGGAAUGAAGUCCAAGAAAGGAGCCCUCAAUCAAAAGCCUGCCGUAUCACGACAGCAAGACUCGAAGCUGCAACCCAAGCGCAACAACAUCCAAGGUCGAACGCUGGUCGAGUUGCAGCAGGCGCGCGGUAUCCCCAUCAAUAAUGCAUCGAUGAGCGACGACGAGGUCGUUGCUGCGAAGGCGGCGCUGAAUGGGAUCAAGGGGCCGAAAAGUCCGUCCAAGUUGGCGGCGUCGCCGGCGGUGUGGGAUCCCGAGGUGGAGGACGAGAUGCCGAGUCCGUUUAUUGUGAGGAGUAGGCAGUUGGCGAAGCAGGGAGUUAUAUAAUAAUAUGCCACAGUAGGGAGGUGUUGGAACGGGCAAGAAGGACGAGACGAGGUCUUUGGCUUGAGAAGGGCGGUACUGGAUAGGUGCAUGGUGUUGGAGGCGUUGGACUGGAAGGAGUCCUUGGGUUUUCCACUCUUCCAAGAUGCUCUUCAGCACACUUCCUUUUGUCUCUUGUCGCUUCUUCUGCUCUGCAACGGGCAAUUUUCUUUUUUCUUGCAUAUCCCUCUCAUCGGCAUGUCAGUCGCCUUCUCUUUCUUAGCGGUCACUUUUUCUUGGAGGCGUUGGGAUGAGUGAGCAUUGGAUCAUGGCUGCAUGCAUGCAUCUUGUUGGGCGUUUGGGCGCGGCAUCAAGAGGGAUUUCCCUUUUCUGAAAGGCGGAGAAGACGAGAGGUGCAUGGGAUGUGUAUUCUAGCCGCAGGAUGUGGAAUGCGAAUCUAUCUUCAAUUUUACAG